AUGGGAAAUGGAGUUUCGGGCAAAGCGUCGGCAAAUCUCAAAACCAUUUAUCUUGAAGUGGACGGGCGCAAACAAAAGGUAAGAAAAUUUUGAUCGACUCUCCGUCGUUCUUUCGAUUCUAUAUGUGUUGCCUUUCAGUGAGGAAAUCUAAUUUAAUCGCCAUUUUAUCAACCACUUUUCAUUCUAUUUUUUAUCCUGUAAGAAAUUUUUUCAUUAGGAUCAGUGUUAAAAUUCGAUGAUUUUGUUUUUCUAGUGCAUGAAAUGUGUUGACGAUGGUAUUUGAAGAAAAAGUGGACUCGUUUUAUCUUUAUAUCUCUUAAUGUUUCGCGAAAUAACUAUAUUUGAUUGCUUUAAAAUCACAGUAAGGUGAUGAAAAAUGGCGGAAUUGAAUUGUUAAGUUGAUGAGUCGCCUCCUCAAGCGUAGAACGGUGCCAGCUAUAUAUUUCCAUUAGCUGGUCAAGUUGAGAUUGGUAAGGAGCUGCAAUUUAUGCACUCCACGCAGUGUCGAAAUGAAAAGAAAUGAACAACAUGAUAACCCUUGGGACCUAAUCACAUUACACUUGUGUAACUGAGUAUCGUGAACAUUUUCUUCUUUCGAAAUAUCAUUUAGGUUGUUUUCUCAAAGCAUAGUAGUUCUCGGGAUAUCAAAGAUCUUCUAGCUUCAGCCGUUGGAGUGAGUCGGUAAGUUCAGAGGGUUGUCUUUGUCUGGUCUGUACAAUUAAUUUUCUGUAAGUUCAUAGCCAAAGAUGUUCUGUUCAACGACCUAAUUUUCUCUGUUAUUAGUGAGGUUUAAAACUGGGGAAAUUACAUCCCUACUUCACAUUUUUGAAAGCGCAGAGUUAAAGAAAUUUGUUUUCGUACUUCCGUGUUGAAGAGAAUAUUUCGAUAGUUCACAGUGGGGUCGUCGAAAAAAACCCUGUGUGGCCAUGGAAUUGACAAAUCUCAGCUAUAGUCUCAAGUAUUCCUCUCUCUUCCGUCAUUUUAUCUUGCUGUUAUUCAUUUCGCACUGUUUUUUUUAUCUCAGAUGGUCCAACAUGAUGUUGAAGACACAAGAUGGAAGCACUGUGUGUAUUGAGCCGAAUUUACCGUCGAAUACCGCACGGUAGGAGAAAAUAUUUUAAUAUCCACACUCAAUUGGGUCUCGAGGAGUAACCUUUACAACUAAUGCUCCAUUCACACUACAGCUAAGAAAUGUUUCAAAGCUGUUUUUUUUUUUGACAUGGCCUAAAAUUGUUCCUUCGUGGAAGUUGCUUACAUUGUAGUUUAUCGGCUUCAAAUGUAGUAUAACGAAAAUACAGCCCAGUGAUUACUUGAACCCCAUUCAGUUUUCUGUCGCUAAUUUUUCAUUCUGUUAAACCUGAUUUAACUAAACAUGUUUUGCUGUGGUGGAUGGGGCAUAAAUCACGCUCAGAGAAAAGUAUUUUCAAAUUUUUUCAUGGCAUUUCAUUCCAUAUUUCCAACAAUUGUCACUUCUUUUUUUUCACGUAGUGUGUGUGAAAACAAGCCGUUCUUGGCACAAGAGAACCAAGGCAAUCUCAUAUUUAAAAUAACUUGACUAAAUUCUGACAAUUAAGCAUAACUCUUUCAGUAACUGUAGGAUUUACCGCCUUCGUUUCCUGUUUUUAAAGUCUACGAAGCUUGUUUACUCGUCAUAAGUUGACUUUUAGGCCAAUGCGCAUAUACUUCGCCCAUCUGCACAUUGUUAUGAACGAUGUUUUCGUUUGUUUCGUAAAUCACCUUAUCGUAUUGUAGUUGGUGCCAUGGACAAAAAUCCAUAUACUUCGCCCAUCUACACAUAGUUAUUAACGAUAUUUUAGUUUCAUUUCGUAGAUCACCUUAUCGUGUUGUAGUUGGUGCCAUGGACAAAAAGCACGGUAAGUCAGAAAUGGUACUAUAGGUUUCGGUCCGCCGUUGAAUAAGCGUGCUGCUGAGUUUUCCCCAAAGUUGAAAUUGCUGUGCGGCAUGGACGCGUCACUUGUAAGUAGCUGGACGUACAGGAUGCCUUUUUCCAUCUGGUCAGAAAGCGAAAAAGGUGGAAUAAGUGAAAUAGUCAGACAUUACUUGGUACCUCUGCGGUAAGCUUGGCAUAGGUUGGACAUUUCCAGCGCGUGGACCACGUUGUGAAUUCCCCCCCUUGUUUUAUUUACGAGUUCCCCCCGCUUGUGCUAGUUGUGAAGUUUCCCGCAUUUAGUGCUCGUUGUGAGUUUCUUGCACUUGGUGCUUGUAAUAUGUUUUCUCGCAGUUGGAGCUUAUUGUAUGUUUGUUAUGAAAUACAAAAAUUAGAAGUCGGUUUGGGGACUACUUAAUUUAGGAACGUUCUGGCUAAAUAUUUGGGAAUUGUUUAGGCCUGUUAGGUUAUCUUGAAAUCUUUGUGCGAGUCUUUUGAGCCUUGGUUUGUUACGUGCUGUAAGACCACAAAUUUAUUUUAAGUUCUUGAGUGAUGUGUCCCUGACCGUUAUAGUCAGGUUUAAUUCUCGUACGAUGACCAACAUCGCUAGUCGUGUUAGGGUUUGUCCUUGAUCUUGCUUAGAGUCCUCAACGGGAAGUUUUCUCGGAGAGUCAAGUAAACUGUUGCUGAUCAGACUCUCGGUGCCUCUCGGCGCCGUUUGCGUGUUGUGUACGAGCUAAUCUACCCCGACAGUCCAAUAUAUUUCUCCCAGCAUGGUAAUUGGUUUAUUUUUCCCGCGCUUGGCACUGAGGGCAUGUUUUCUCCUUCGUCACACUUGGUGGAUAUAUCCUUUUUCCUUUCGUUUUUUUAUCUCCUUCAAUCAUGCUUGAAUUACAAAAGGUUUAUAUUACUACAAAUUUUCUUCUCUUUCCUUUGUUCACGUUAUUUUCGUUCCAUUUUUCUUCGUAUCUAGGAGACGAAGAGGUCUUUGCAAAUGUGCUCAGCCAAGUUGCUGAUAAGUUUAUCAGGUUAGAUAAACAUUAACUGACUUCUGGCCAAGCUUGAUUUUAUGAAUUAUUUAAUGAGUUAGAGAUAAAUUUGUUUUAACUCGGUUGAAAAUAUCAGUCUUACGUAGAGAAUACAUGCAAAUUCUGGUCAAUUGCUCAUACGACAUUCAAUGAAUAUUUCUUCAUAACGAAUUUAUCACUUGGCCUUUGUUUGUUUUUCCUUGCUGAAAAGCCACCACGAAUUUUCAUAUUUGCACAUAUAAUGGCUCAGGUUAUUUCCUGUUACUAUGAUAAAAAAUGUCUGGCGUAUACUUGAUCACCAAUUUUUUUACUGUUAAUUUUUUUCCAGUACCUUCACAGUGUCCCAGCUGAAGUCCGAAUUGGCCAAACAACUGUCGCAUUUGGAAAGAAAAGUAGAAGGUUACUCGAGCACAUCUUACACACCUUUGUGCAUUUUCUCUAAACUUCCCGCGUGCUUCAUAGUUCAUGAACACACGCUGAAUCGUGAAUAAAUUAUGUUAUAAAAUAAUUCAAAUAGUACGCGCGCUCUGAUUGGCCAUAAAACCAUUUUACAUGAGCGUAUGUAAACACGGUUUUCGUUCCUCUUUCAUUAGUUAUUUUAUAAAAGAAAUGUAAAAUGGUUUCCGUGUUUACAUAGCCUGAUGUAAACACUUGGGCGGUUGGGAGAACACUCGAUAAGCUGGAAACCACUCCGCUUCGCGUCGUGGUUUCCUACGCUUAUCUCAUGUUCUCCCAACCUCCCAAGUGUUUACAUCAGGCUAUGUAAACACGGAAACCAUUUUACAUUUCUUCAUUAAAAAUUGUAGCGAGGCUAUUAAGAAUAGAAAUCACCAGAAAACACUGAUAGCAAUCGAUGUUUGGGCAAAGAUGAGCUGCUUUUUCUACGAUUCACAAAUCUCCACGAAGCGUCUUUAACUCGUCAUAAGAAAAAAAUCACAGUUAUGAUUAUUUGAAACUGGUCCCCUUACUUUCCUUUUGCUUAAAGCUGAGGCAUUGAAGGCAAUUGAAAUGCAGCACUUGAGUGCAGAGAUCACCGAGAUAAGGGAACAAAUACGUCAAGACAGGUAUUUAUUCCAAAAAUCUACGCACAUUUCUUUUUUUUACUUCAUUUUCAGAUCCGAUGAGAAUCUAGUGCAUUCCCCUUUGGUGUUAAUCACAAUAUUUUUAAAUUGAAUGUCCAGAGUAAUCCGGGAUCGUGUGAUUUUACUCUACUCUGCAGUCUCUGAUUGGCUGGGAAAACUCGCGCCAUUCUACCAAGGCGAUCAAAUUUAAAACUAAAAUCCAUCGCGACGUGGUCACAUAACAACUUCGGAUUUGGUUUUAUGGCACUCAUUCGAAACUCUUUCUAAUUUGAUAUAAUGUGUUCGAGAGACCUUCAAGUUAAGGUAAGAGACUGUCAUCCUUAUUCCAAAUGUGAAUCCCUCGAGCGCAUAUUUCAGAUCAGUCCCGUUUUCCGGAGAUCGUCUAUUCUAUUCUGUUCUCUGCCUAAACAUUCAAGCCAAGUGAGACACAGGCAAAUGAUAGAACGGAAGCACAUUACAUAUCUUAUUAUGAAGGUGUCGAAAUAUUCUAUUCUAUGAUAAAUAUUGCUAAUACUUGGAAACGCUUAGCGAAAAAAUUCGAUGUCAUAUAUUGAGUUAAAUCACACGUCAAGGAAAAAUUAAAGGAUUCCCUCGGUUAAAAAAGGAAAGACGAGAAAUGGAAGAAAAAUCAAGCUUGAACUCUAAUUAUGAAGAAGGUGCAAACUAAAGGAAAAAAUAUUUCCGGCUGAUGAGUACAAAAAUGUAGAAAACACAGAAACAGAAUCGAAGGCCACUAUCUUGCUUAUGAUAUUUUGAUAAUUGCUAAACUGUGAUCGUUUUUGCUCGUAACAAUCCUAGAAUCACUUGGCAAGCCAUCAAAGACAAUGUCAAGACAAACAAGAAUAAUAAAAGGAACAUCAGCAUUUCACGACCAAUGCCCAACUUUGUCAAGGUAACUUAAAGUGAACAUAAGGUGAUCUUAGGCAAGAGAUUGUUUUGUAGCUGCUUAAACACUUGAUAUAAUUAAAGGCUCCUGUGAGGCAGCUCAUGGAUGAAUUGGAUUAGCUAAAGAAAAGGCAGCUGAGUAAAAAAAUAGGUCCGCAAUGCGAACAUGUAUGGCUUACGAUCAUGUUAUCGGGCAAGAUUUCACGCCUUUCUCGUCCCCCUAUAAAAAUUGACAGACACAGUGGAACAAAACAAUAACUUAGCAGGAGAGAUUGGAGCUGGAUUGUUAAUCCAUUUUUGAUGAAUAAAUUAAUCAGAAUCGAAAGUGUCAUGUCGUGAGCUAAAAAUUAGAGACGGCAGUCUCUUCCGUAUAACCGCCACACUUGGAUAUAUCUAGUCCCAUACCUGGAUAUAUCUUUUGCGAAUAGGUUUUCAAUUAAAUGUAAACUUAUUUUGCAGUAUACCUUGUCUCAAACAACGGUAGAGCAGUUGAAGGAACCAAUUUUCAACAUAUGGCACUGGGAACCAAAUGAGGUGUGACGUAAAUUUGUAUUAAGGUCACUGAGUCUGCGUACAAGCCAACGAAGCUAAACUGCUGGAAAUUGUCUCAGUUUUUAAAACAUAAAGCGAAAAUGAGUAAUUAUAACUCAGCCUUUAUAAAGGAUGGGAUGAUAGUCAUUUAUGAUAGUUAACCCGUUGUGUUAUGUGCAAUAUUACUUGGUCUUCUAAUUGGCAACGUACUCUGCAAAUUCACACGCCAAAGUUUGUUCUUUUCUAGUCAUCUUGGCGGCCAAAACGGUCGCAGCAUGGAGUCCCUGUUUUGUCUCUCUUUUGCUUUUUUCAUCAUUCUGAUUUCAUGUUUGCGUCUGUACUUGUCUGUGUGCACGUCUAUUUACUUAACUUUUCUUUAUGAUAAUCCAUCAGGUCUUAUCUCCGUUUUAUAGAUGUUGUCACUCAUGGAACAUAUGUACCAGGAACUUGGACUAAUCGAUGACUUUGGAAUCAACUCAGUUGUUCUAAGGCGUUUCUUGGUAAGAGUGACAGAAGUAUUAACCCCUUAACUUCCAUGAGUGACCAAGACAGAAUUUCUCCUUACAAUAUCAAUACGAUAUCAAGCAGACAGGUGAUAAGAAUCAAGAGAAAAUAUCAAAAAGUGGAUUAUUAUGUGAUCCAGUAACAAAUUCUCCGAUCUACCAUCAUAACAAUUGUACUGCGACAGUAAGGAGAGUUACUAAUUAGAUCUUGGGAGUGAAAGGGUUGAUAAGUGGUUUCUCUUUCAGUCAUAAGACUGAAACCAACUAUUUCAGAAAUCAUUCGUCAAACCGAAAAUGUUUAUUUACCUGUUACAACAUCUAAUAUUAUUUCUGGUUCAAACUUCACAGGUAUCAAUUCAACAAAACUACCGAAACAAUCCUUUCCACAAUUUUCGUCAUUGCUUUUGUGUCACUCAGAUGGUAAGUGACGUCCUCUCAAUAAGAUGUUGUUUAAAGCUUUUCUCGCUUCAUUUGCAUCACGGACAAGAAUUUUGUAACGAUCAAGGCCUGUCUCACUGUGUAUAUGAAACUUACUGAGAAAAACAGGAUCUUACUUGGUGUAGAAGAUUCAGUUAACGUAAAACAAUAGAGAACAAAAAUAAAGAACGAGGAAAACAGGUGAAAUCAGUCGGUUGAUGAGUCGGUAUUCUAUUGUGACAUGUCCUGUGUCUUCUACACCAAGAGGGAGUCGAAAAAUACAAACAGAUUUAGGAAACCUUGUUUUAAAGUUCUUGGUAACCGGAAGAAAAAUUUUCGGUGGGGAGGAGGGGGAGCUGGGAUUGAGUUGAGGCAGUACUUUUCUUCCAGGAAUCCUUUACUUCGUAAAACUUAGAACAAUACUCAAUUUGAAGAACAGAAAUUCAUUGAAGAUACUGUAAGGAGAAAAUAAUAAAUGAAGAAGAAGUUUACGCACUUGCUCCAUCUGCUCAAACGAGGGGAGUAGAAUGGCUGAGGGGUAAGAACAUUAAGUCCCCUUCUGGUUUGGCGUAAAUUUUGUGUUAUAUGUCGGUAGUAGUGUGUUUUUGUUUUUCGACCCUGCUUCGGGAGUUUUCAUCCUUGUUUCCCAAGUUUUCAUCCUUGACUCGGGAGUUUUCUCUGGCUUCGCUAGUUUUCCUACCUCCACAAAAGCCAAUACUUAAAUUUCCAACCCGACCAGGACACGGUGGACACACAACAACUUUGUGGAGCUAGUUUUGCAAAUUUCAAUCUUUUUGUGGCGGACCCCAACAGUUCUUCCAACAUGUGUGCCUGAAAACUUUUAACAAUGAAAAGUAUAAGGAAGACUUUCACUCCUUUUUUGACCAGAAGUUUUCAAUACAUUCAAUAUAAAAGUGGUCUCAUGCGUGUUUCUUUCUCAUCAGAUGUUUUGCAUCGUCCAUCUGUGUAACCUAAAAGACUUGCUUUCAAAAAUGGACCUGCUUGUUCUUAUGACCGCCUGCAUUUGCCAUGACCUCGAUCAUCCGGGAUUUAACAACACGUAAGUUGUUCAAAUUAAAAACAGCACCAUAGCCAGCCAAUCAAACUGCAUGUGUAAAGCAGUUUUCAGUGGAGUGUCGGAAUAUGAAAACGAACGCAAUCCCGGCUACCAAUCAGAACAAAGGUUUGCCUACGUGUUGCUACACCCUCCCCCCCCCCCCCCCAAGUGAAAAUUAACAAGAAAACUGUUUGCAGCGCGGGAAAACGCGGCAGACCUAGUCGCGAUUGUCUUUGGUUUUGCAUCUGAUUGGUUGAGAGGAUGGCGCAAUUUUUCUGGAACAAUAUACAAAGCAGAAUGAAGUAAAAGCAGAACGAUCUUGGAUUACUUUCGACCCUCAAGUAAAAAGUUGCUUUGAUUUAACUUAUUGUCUGAUCUUUAAUUUUUCCAAUAUCUACAGUUACCAGAUCAACGCCCAGACGGAGCUUGCCAUUCGUUACAAUGACAUCUCACCUCUGGAAAAUCAUCACGCAGCCAUCGCGUUUGAGAUCAUUAGUCAGGUAUCUGAUAUCCUUUUAACGCUUUAACUCACUUAAGUGAUUAAAUGUAACUUCUCCCAUAAGAUUCGUACGAUAUCCGGCAAACGUGUAAUGAGAAUACUCAAACUUAUCAGGCAGAACUUGAGUUUUUAUCUAUACCUUACACUAAAUUCUCGUAACUGAUUUUCAUGGAAAUGUGUAGCAGCUAGAGGGGAGAAUUAACUAAUAGAUCUUAGGAGUUGAAGUGUUAAUAACGGCCAUGUUUAAUAAUGAUUUUAGCUCUCGCCCUUUUGAAAUAAUCUCGUACAUGAUAGCCAUAGUCUAUGCUUAUAAAUUGAAAGAGAAUUAUGAUGAUGUGCACGAUCACGAUCAAAAAUCACAAAACGUUCUCGCCGCCAAACUUUAUGUCUCCAAAUCAUCAGUGCUACAAGCUACACUUGUCACACUAAUGUGUGUAAGAUAUGUCAAAAAAGUUGCACAAUCAGGCAAUAACUAGUUAUAAUGUAUUGUUGUUAUCAGCCGGACUGUAACAUAUUUGCCAACCUUAGUAAGGAGGAUCAGAAGAAGAUUCGGCAGGUGAGAAUUGUCUCUUACUCCUACCAGUCCCCUGUUUUAACCAUUAUGUCGAUAGAGGUGGGUGUUUCUUUUUCUCAAAUUUUGAAAAGCCCUUUGUUUGUGACAAUACGAUUCUUUAAGGAUCGUGGCGUUCUCGUCACACAAUUGUGACAGUUAACAGUCAUACCGACGAUGAUAUUUAGAGUGAGAACGAAAAAUUUACUUCUUUUUAGCUGUUGUAGGUGGCGUAACAAACAACAUCAACAACAACAAUUUUAAAACACCCCAAAGCUAUCACGAAUCUAUUUUGAACUGGUUGUAUCGCUUUCCCCGCCCCCUCCCCCCUUGGAUCCCUUGAUGAGAUACAACUGGUUCCUUACCCCUCUCCCUUUACUAUCCUUCUGACAUUUCGUCAAUACCCUCAAAUACGUUAAUGAGGGUGGAAUCAGGAGCUGUGCUGACGCAGAAGAGGAAUCAAAUCCAUCGUCAAAUUGAUCCGUCCAUUGAUUUAGAGUUUUGCGCGCUCGCUACCAGACAACGGCGUCUCUACUUUCCGGUUGCAUUAGGUAAGGAAGCCUAGGGAGAGGGCGCUUUCAAAAGUAAUUUUGUACCUAAGGCAUGCAUGUGGGACUUGGCUUUGGACUAACUUCAGGGAGAGAUACCUGCACUCCCUUCCCAUAACUAUCAUUUUGUAAUAAAUUUUUUUUCACAGGAAAUUGUGAUGCUGAUCCUGGCCACCGACAUGGCUCGGCACAGUGAGAUAGUGGAGAGGUUUAAGAGUAAACUGGACACCUUUGAUUUCAGCAACGAUGAUUACGUUAGUUCGGUGAGCGAAUGAACGAAAUUUGUUCACGGUAGCUGUCAGGGUUGUUUUAACACGUAUUUGUUACGUCUGCGGAGAAAAUUCAGGUGUUGAUUUUUAAUACUGCCUUCCAUGGAGGCGAAGCCAUAAUGUUGUCCUAUUGAGUGAAUGAGUGAGUGAAUGAGUGAGUGAGUGAGUGAGUGGGUGUAACACUAGAAUACAAACGACCUCUUGGCCCACAACGAAGUCUACCGAGUUGUACCCGAUUGUACCCGAUGUUCCUCGCUCUUGGCUUUUGUCUGUUUCGGGAAAUACCCAUUUAUUACAUGAACAACCUUUUAAAAAUGUCUGUUUUUUUAAAAGCUGUCCCUUUUUUUUUAUUAGCUCAAGAUGAUUCUUAUAAAGUGUUGCGACAUUUCAAAUGAAGUUCGUCCAAUAGAUGUAUCUGAACCUUGGGCGGACUGUCUUCUUGAAGAAUACUUCAUGCAGGUUAGAAUGAGGAGUAACCAACCAAUCGUAAUUCAGGGAAUCAACUUCCAAAAACCAUGGCCAAUAGAAGUAACUGGUGCAGAAACAUUUUUAAGAUUUUUUUCUUGGGGCUUUUUUCAACUGUGCUAUGUCAGUAUAUGAGAAACUACGCACCCCUUCCCUAACCCAACAAAAGUCAACUGAUAACAAGUUAGGGUUAAUGUUGGGUUAGGGAAGGGGUAGGUGCGCAGUUGUUCAGUUAUCGAUAUUGAUCCAAAACUUCCCAUGUACUUUUCAGUUACACUAAGAUAACAAGAGAAAAGAUUGACCUCGGUCAAGGAGCUUUAACAUAGACUUUAGUACUUAGUUUUCAUUUUUAUCGCCCCUCAUAAUCAGACAUCUGUUCUAAUUACGAAAGGAAAAAGGCACUUACAGUUGUACGAGCGGCCAAUUAUGAGUUCCAAAUAUCCAAAUUGUCAAAAUGAGGCCAAGAGUACAACCUCAUUCGUGAAAGUAAGGAUUUGCGUUAAGCCUCGCUUUUAAAUAGAGGUAUCUGCUUAAAAUUUUUGCCUUUUUGGGAAGGAGUGAAUACUGGAGCUUGGUGUGCCCAUGACAUACUAUUUGACUCCAUACUUCCAGAGUGAUCGAGAAAAAGCCGAGGGUCUGCCUGUGGCUCCUUUCAUGGACCGUGAUAAAGUCAGUAAACCGACCGCGCAGAUCGGCUUCAUCAAGUUUGUGCUGAUUCCGCUGUUUGAGCUGUUGAACAAGGUAUUUGUAACAAUUUUAAGCUAACUGUUGUCGUGAAAACCUAAAGUGCCUCUCAGAUCUUUCAUUUUUCAGAAGUUUUUUUCGUUUGUCCAAUAUUAGUUUACCCAGUUUGGAAAACGUACUCAGAAAAUGUUAGAAUAUGGAUAGAAACUCAAAUGUAGAUCAGCUCAAUGGUCGGUGCGUUAAUUUAUUAAUUCAUUGGCGUGGUUGUAAGCGCAUUGAAGCCUGGAUCGGAAGGGAUGAGUUUGGGUCCUGGUCGCCGUUAAUAUGUUCGGUUCUUGUUCAAGACACUUUAUUCUCACACUGCCUCUUGCAAACGAGGAGUUCAAAUGGGUACCAGUGACUGUUAGUGAAGCGUAAUGCAGUGCGGAGUGGGGAAGGGGUUUGGUUACUUGUGACGAAGAUCCAACGGGACCAGCUCUACUUUUAGACCCUUUGUGCCGCCUUGUACUUGUGUCUCUUUUUAAAUUCUUUUAUGGUUUAUUUGCAGUUGUUUCCUCAAGUAGCCCCUGUUAUGAUAGUGCCUCUACGGGAAGCCUACGAAAACUACGAAAGAAUGCGCAUUGUGGAGGAAGAAGUUAAGGCUGCUACGGCCGACUUCCCUGAAGGUUCAAGUCCUCCUGAGAAAAGUGUGGAUAGUAGCAGUAUAGUAGGUAAAGGAGGGUGGAGUCCGUCAAAGGGCAAGUCGAACUUAAUGGGUGUGUCCAAGGAAAUACGAGAGAUAUUCCACGACCGCAACAAGGAGAGUAAACAAACCGAAAAAGAGCAGGAGAAACUGGCCCGCAACACCAACAAAAAGCAGGAGGUAGGAAUUUAG